UGGUGUCUUCAUCGCGUCAUGAGAUGUGAAGAUGGAGUUUGAAAUGAAUAGUCCAAUCGGAGGGACGCUAUCAGUGUUUGGCUCUGUUAUGCGACAGCAAUACUUUACCGAUACUUUACAGUUGUGUCAGAGAUAUACACCAUUGCUAUCGGCACUUCUUGUGGACGGCUUCUGGUUAUAGACACAUACUGUGCCCAAUAUAAUACAUACUCUCGUACUCCUACUCCACUAACUCAAUACUAAAACACGGAUAUAACCAGUUGUGGUCUCACUUACCAUUGCUGCUUACGAUUACUCGUCCUCUUCUUCCUCCUCAUCUAUUUCUUCGCUCUAUUCACACAACUAUUCUUCGGACGAAUCCCUAUCGGCGGCCAAAGUGAGGCCUAACAACACGAUAGCGUCGCGGGCGUCGACAGUGUCGUUGUCGGCGCUGCCCUUAUCUCUAGUGCAGAAUCCAUUCCCCGCUUCCGGUAUGACUGCAUUGGGUUUGGGAACUGCGGCCGCAUUGGCAGCGCUCACCGCCGCAAACGGUGCUCUCGGGUCCACCGGCUCUUCAAACAGCCCCACAUCAGCAGCCGCUGCGGCCGCCGCCGCCGCUGCCUAUGGAGCACAUCCCGCGGCCGCUAUGUUUAUGUUACCCACUCUUAACUUCACUGUCAGUCAAGUGGCGGCUGUUUGUGAGACACUCGAGGAAAGUGGAGACAUCGAACGACUCGGAAGGUUCUUGUGGUCGCUUCCAGUGGCGCAUCCAAAUUGCGGUGAACUCAAUAAAAACGAGUCAGUACUGAGAGCCCGGGCUUUAGUGGCCUAUCAUUCGGGAAACUUCCGAGAGUUGUAUCAUAUUCUCGAAAAUCAUCGCUUCACCAAAGGUUCGCAUUCAAAGUUACAACACAUGUGGUUAGAGGCUCACUAUCAGGAGGCAGAGAAGCUGAGGGGUCGCCCACUCGGACCCGUCGACAAGUAUAGAGUGAGAAAGAAGUAUCCGUUGCCGCGAACCAUAUGGGAUGGCGAACAGAAGACACACUGUUUCAAAGAGAGGACCAGAUCUCUGCUCAGGGAAUGGUAUCUUCAGGACCCGUAUCCAAAUCCAACUAAAAAGCGCGAAUUAGCGACUGCCACAGGAUUAACACCCACUCAAGUUGGAAAUUGGUUUAAAAAUCGUCGUCAACGCGAUAGAGCGGCGGCGGCUAAAAACAGGUAA